UUUUUGUGUCUAAGUCCGCACGAACACGUAACUUGGUGUCGGACUCUAGAUAAUUUUUAACCCUUUCUAGCACUUCGGCUUUGUAUUCGCACGAGGACACCUUUCUCCUUCGCAGACUGCAAAUAAGGACAAUGCAAGGAGGAUGCGGCGUAUGACAAAAGCAACAGGUGGAGGGAAGGCAGCGAAUUCCAAUACCUUCGCGCCCUAUUCUACCGGUAUGAAUAACUGCCACUGUGACCCGAUACCUAUAUACAUUCACGCAGGGUGGAAGACAUUUCAUCGAACACAUCAUGUGCGCCACAAAAAAGCAAAUUUUCCAGACAGAAAGAGGCCAAAAGAGAAACUGAGAGAUGGGGAAGGGAGCGGCGUUGCUUCUGGUGCUAUGGCUGGCUAUGUCGGUGAGGACUUUCGGGCAAGAGAAACAGGAAGGGGGACAUGAACUCAAAGAUGGGGAUGCAGCCUCUAAGCCUACGGAGAGAGCAAAAACAGUAGCCUUAGUUCAAAAGUUUGUGGACGGGGCUUAUACUCUCUUGCAAAACAUCAAACGGACAAAGCUGAAGAGCUGUUGAAAGGAGCUAUCGAGUACCUUUAUCAUGAUAACACAAUAAAAGACAAAGCAGCCAAACUUGAAGAGUUCAUGAAAGAAGCUAUCAAGUUUCUUGAACAAGGUAUGAUAGAAAAAUCUGAAGAGAUGAUGAAAGGAGCUAUUGUAUAUCUUGAAAGCAACGAUGAAGUCAGAGAUGAACAGAGUGGCAAAAGAGUGAAGUAUCUUGAAAAUAAUAAAGUGCAAGCAAGAGUAAAUAUAGUGCUCCUGGUCGAUGACUUUCUUAAUGAAGCUUUGACGUAUCUUGGUGCAGAAGAAAUAGCCAAAGCUAAGAAUGUGAUUGAAGGAAUGAAACUGUUUGUUUCUCAAUGUGACGAAAUAAAAGAUAAAGCAGCCGCAUUCGAGGAGAUGAUCCAACGAGCUUUGACAUUUAUUGAACAAGACAGUUUAGAGAAAGCUAAAGAGGUGAUCAAUGAAGUAAUGAUGUAUCUUGGCAACGAUGAUGCUGUCAAAGAAUUACGGAAAGCAGGAGCGGGUCAUGCGAAAGGAGUGAAGUAUCUUGAGCAAGAUAAAGCAGAAAGAGGAAUACAAAAGGCAAUUUUUGUUACUGAGGUUUUGAAAGUAGCUCUGACUUUUAUUGACAAGAAACAAGUUGAGCAAGCAAAAGAGGUUGUUGAAGGAGUCGUAAUGUACGUUGCUCUAGAUGACUCAGUGAAAGACAAAGUGGGCUCAACUAAGGAGAUUCUGGAUGGAAUAAUGACGCUUUUUCAACUAGACCGUGUGGAGAAAGCUAAAGAGGCGAUCCAAGGUGCUAUGACGUAUCUUUUAGGGGAUGAAGAUGUCCAAGAAGCAGAUAAGCUACUCAGAAGCAUGGGUGUCGAAGAACAAAAUAAGCUAGUCAAAGAUGUGAAAGAUAAGACUGCAGCGAAACUGAAAAGAAUGAAAUUUCUUGAAAAUAAUAAAGCUCAAGCAAGAGUAAAUAUAGUGCUCCUGGUCGAUGACUUUCUUAACGAAGCUUUGACGUAUCUUGGUGCAGAAGAAAUAGCCAAAGCUAAGAAUGUGAUUGAAGGAAUGAAACUGUUUGUUUCUCAAUGUGACGAAAUAAAAGAUAAAGCAGCCGCAUUGGAGGAGAUGAUCCAACGAGCUUUGACAUUUAUUGAACAAGACAGUUUAGAGAAAGCUAAAGUGGUGAUCAAUGAAGCAAUGACGUAUCUUGGCAACGAUGAUGAUGUCAAAGAAUUACAGAAAGCAGGAGCGGGUCAUGCGAAAGGAGUGAAGUAUCUUGAGCAAGAUAAAGCAGAAAGAGGAAUACAAAAAGCAAUUUUUGUUACUGAGGUUUUGAAAGUAGCUCUGACUUAUAUUGACAAGAAACAAGUCGAGCAAGCAAAAGAGGUUGUUGAAGGAGUCGUAUUGUACGUUGCUCUAGAUGACACAGUGAAAGAAAAAGUGGGCUCAACAAAGGAGAUUCUGGAUGGAAUUAUGACGCUUUUUCAACUAGACCGUGUGGAGAAAGCUAAAGAGGCGAUCCAAGGCGCUGUGACGUAUCUUUUAGGGGAUGAAGAUGUCCAAGAAGCAGAUAAGCUACUCAAAAGCAUGGGUGUCGAAGAACAAAAUGAGCUAGUCAAAGACGUGAAAGAUAAGACUGCAGUGAAACUGAAAAGAAUGAAAUUUCUUGAAAAUAAUAAAGUGCUCCUGGUUGAUGACUUUCUUAACGAAGCUUUGACGUAUCUUGGUGCAGAAGAAAUAGCCAAAGCUAAGAAUGUGAUUGAAGGAAUGAAGCUGUUUGUUUCUCAAUGAGAC